AAUUUCCGCCCCAUUUUCUCUCUCUCUAAAGAGUGGUGGGUAGGGUUUCAAUUUCAAACAUCAAAUUCACAAACUGAAUUGGAAUGAUCCAAACACUCUCUCACCUUUCUUUCUAUCAUUCUCUUCUCCAAUAAUCUUCUUCGUUUCCACAAAUCUCCAGAUUUUAUUAUCUUCGUCGAGAAUUCAAAUUCCCUCUGAUUUACUGUAACUAAAAUCUCUCUUUCUCUCUCUAGAACCCACACAAAAACUCACUUUCUCUCUCUAAAUCAGUAAGCCAGAGAGGGAUGAUGAACUUCGCGGAUCCAUCGACGGCGCUCUUGGCGGCUGCCGGCGGCGACACCGUGAAGCUCUUCGACGUCUCCGUUCAGCCCGACGAUCCCUGUACAUUGAGCUACACUCCUUCACCUGGUUUUCAAGUCAAUUCUGUCAAGUGGAACCACACCAAUUUGGUCUUGGCGAGUGCCGGAGACGAUAAGAAGAUUUCCUUGUGGCGGAAAAAUGGGCAGAGCAUGGGGACAAUUCCAGUGGCCGGCACUGAUAGUGGCGACAACAUUGAGGAAUCUAUUGCAGCUAUUAGCUUUGGCAACAAGGGAUCUAGAUACUUAUGUUCCGGGGGAAGUGGUCAAGUUGUAAGAAUAUGGGAUUUGCAGAAGAAGCGCUGUAUCAAAUGGUUAAGAGGUCAUACGGAUACAAUAACAGGUGCGAUGUACAAUUGCAAAGAUGAGCACUUGGCUUCCAUCAGUCUUAGUGGGGGUCUUAUUCUUCACAAUCUUGCUUCUGGUGCAAGGGCUGCUGAACUCAAGGAUCCUAACAAUCAGGUACUGAGAGUACUUGAUUAUUCUCGGAUCAGCCGGCAUCUUUUGGUCACAGCUGGUGAUGAUGGAUCCGUACAUCUGUGGGAUACAACUGGUCGCAGUCCAAAGGUUUCUUGGUUGAAGCAGCACUCUGCACCAACUGCUGGUGUUAGUUUCUCACCGUCAAAUGACAAGGUAAUUGCUAGUGUUGGCCUUGAUAAAAAGUUAUACACUUUUGACUCAGGGAGUAGGAAACUCGCAUCUUGCAUUUCUUAUGAUGCACCUUUCUCUUCAUUGGCAUUCAAAGAUGAUGGCUGGAUACUGGUUGCUGGAACAAGCAAUGGGCGAGUGGUGUUCUAUGAUGUUCGUGGAAAACCACAACCUUUGGUUGAACUUCAUGCAUAUGGCAAUUCUGAGGCCGUCACAAGCCUUUGCUGGCAAAGAUCAAAACCAGUUUUGGUAAAUGAAAACAACUGCACAGCUGAGACUGCUCUUCUGGGAGGUGCUGUUGAAGAUUCAAUCCUUAUGCCCGAUCCACUCCCUUCUGUGACAUCAUCAAGCCUUUCAACUUCUAUAACAACAGCUGGUUCUCGAAACCCUGGUCGUUCAGGCCCUUCUGUAGAGUCAUCUUCCAUGUUAGCAACCAGUAGUGGAUUUAUGUUAAGCUCGCUUCAUUCAUCUACAACAGAAGAAACACCACUUAGAAGCACUUUGUGGACUGGUGGAAAUUUGACGAGAUUACAUGCGCCUCGUAAUUAUAAUUUCAAGGAUGAUAUGGAAGUGUUUUCCCCACUUGUGGAAGUCCAACCUAUUACACCAUCGCUUGAUAAACUUUGGGAUCAGCAUGAGGGUGCAAAAAAAGAUCAUCUUCGAGUUGAUAAGAAACCUUCUUUGCUCUUUCCUUCAUCGAAUAGGAGAUUUCCUCUUUCAGAGGAAGGAGGUGGCAGUGAUCAUCCAAUUUUUGACUGGAAACCUAGUUCAACUUCCAAACAGGAUGACGCCCAUUCUUUUCCACAGUUGGGAUCCACUCCUAGUGCAUCUUCCAAGAGCGAUGACUAUUCAUCUAUCACUCCUCCAGAAGCUUGGGGUGGCGAGAGAUUGUCUGAUAAAUUCACCCACCAUCGCCAAUCGGUAAUUUCGCCAUCUCGAUUUGCAAUGAUGACAUCUAGUAGUCUGAUGUCAGGAUCAAUGUUUUCUGUAUCGCAAGACCUUACUUCUUCAACUAGCCAGACAAGUAUGAGUUACCUAACAAGUACAAACCUGAUCUCGGCAAAUUUACGCAACAGGGACAACUCCUCCAAUCAAGAGUCUUCACUGGGAUUUCCAGAGCAUAUCCCCUUCAGUUCUAUGUCCCUUUCUCUAGGGACAAAAAGUACUACUUCAGGGCAGUCUAACCUUGAUUCUCUGGGGUCAGCAUUAAACCACCCUCGAAAAUUUACCACUUAUGCUGAAAGGAUGAGUACUAAUCUGGCCUUUAGUGAUGGAACAUCCCUCUCGGUGGGUUCACCAAAAACAAAGAAAACAGGAGCUGAAACGAGAGAAGAACUUUUGAAUAGCUUGUUAUCAAGGACGGACACAUUAUCUGCUACAGAACAAAGGACUCUUCCAUAUGCGAAUGGAGGAGUUUCACAACCCCCGAGAAUCCCAUCUCAACCUGACACACAGCAGGGGUCCUCUUUUACACUUCAGCUGUUUCAACGCACUCUUGAAGAAACUCUUGGUUCCUUCCAGAAGUCCAUUCAUGAAGAUAUGAGGAACCUCCAUAUUGAAAUUUUAAGGCAGUUUCAUAUGCAGGAGAUGGAAAUGUCUAGUGUGAUGAGCUCAAUCCUGGAAAAUCAAGCUGAGAUUAUGAAAGAAGUUCAGUCACUUCGUAAAGAAACUCAGCAGCUUCGGCAAUUACUUUAACCAUUGGCAGAGACUUCACUGGUUUUCUUUCACUUUUCAUUUACGGUGGCUGGUUUUGGAUCUCACAGUUGUUUUCACUUUCCACAUCUGCAUUGACUUGUGUGGAUUUAUCCUUAAUGAGGGGGGAAAAGAGAUGCUAGAAAGAAAAAAGCUAAAAAAGAAAGAAAAAGAAAUGGUCUUUAUUUUUUUAACAUGUAUAGAUGUGAUUGAUUCAGCUUGAAUGAGGGUUUUGCUUCGGAAAAGCAUUUGUUAAACGUUUUGUCAAUGUUAUUUGUAAAUCUUGUAUUCAUCAUUCCUGUGGUUUUUAGUGUUUUGUGGUUUAUUUUUCA